CUGAAGGUGUCAGUCUGAGAGUACUCUACCGGUGCCCACGAGCUUAGACGGAGGUUCUUCGCUUUGGGUUCUGAUUCAAAAUACUAAGGAAAAAGUUUGGAGGAUACUUCACACCGUGCAGCUAUGGACAGUAGUGAGUUUUUGACACCCAAACAAAUGUCCGAGGAACAUGACAAGAAGCUAAUGGAUCAUGUCCGCUUGACUGUUGAGGAGUUUGCAGCCAGUGAAAAAAGGUUUCGUAGCUUCAAAUUCGAAAGCUGUUUUGAUCGGUUUGUGGCUUCAAUAGGUGACGAUGCCAUUGGUAGGGAGGCGGAGUUGUGGCUGCAUAUGCUGAGCGUAUUAGCCGAGCACAUCGGCUCAUUUGAGUACUUUGACUUCGAUUUCCAUUACAUUGUAAAAUCAUGGCUGCCCCGUUCCAACAAUCCGAAUAUAUCGGUCAUCGAGGGUUUUCUGAGGUCUCUUGCAAAAGCAUUAUCCUCAGGUGGUAACUCCAUUGCUUCCCUUGAAGAAAUCCAAAUCAGCGGUCUGGAUUAUUUGGAUCAACCUGCCCGUUUUUUGCGAAUUCUCUCUGAUUUUUCUCCGCAGCCCUACUGUGGCGUUAAAUGCCUUCGAAUAUGCCUUGGCAGUGUUGGGAAUGAGUGUGCGACAUUGAUUCAAGGUAUGAUUUCCAAUGCCCAUUCAUUAGAAAGGCUGGAAUUCAGACUUGAUUAUUUUGAGUACAUGGAAAGCGAAGCUUUUGAAGACAUGUAUGUCGACAUAGUCCACGCUCUGCUGGCUAGUGAGAGCCUACAGUCUUGCGAGCUUUGGUGGGUUCCGGAAAGGGCACUCACCACUUUAGCCAAAAGCCUUGCAUCUAUGAACAUAGGCUUUGAUGGUGAUGCUCCUGCUGAACCGUUGGUCACACCCCUGGAAAUGAAAAGUGGGCUCCAAGGGCAGCGAGUGCGAAGAAGAUCUCAACUCAAAGAUGUGAGCCUCCUCAACCAAAUGCUAUUUAGCCAGGAAGGGAUAGAUGCCCUUGCAGCCAUGCUGGCAACAAACAACAGUCUUAAGAAACUGGAAAUUAGUUUUGAAGAAGGCACUGAGUCGGACAUGAAAAUGAUUGUGAAAGGGUUGCGGAGUAAUGUUUGUCUAGAAAAGCUCGAUUUACGAACUAACCAUAUAGCAACUAAGACACUCCUAUCUGAAUUGAGGGCAGAGAUGCUCUCUACCUUGGAGUCCAAUAAGACACUUCAGGAGUUUGCUUUCAAUUAUGACUCUGACAAAACUAUUAAUCGUAAGUUGUCAAGAAACAAGACUGAACGGCAGUUGCUUGAGACUGGUGGAGGCUUGGAACGCACUACCAGCAGCCACAUCAGAUGCUUUUUGGCGGGUGAACCUCAUGUGGGUAAGUCGACCUUGAAGGAUUCCAUUUGCCGUGGAACAUGGGAGUACUGGAUAGAAGUGAUGAAGCAGAUGGCACCUGGUGAUCGGUCUGCCAAACCUCGAACGAAGGGCAUUGAGAUGGUCCAUGUCGCAUCGAAAGGGGUCAACAUCCAGUUCUGGGACUUGGGUGGACAACCCGAGUACCACACCAUCCAUGAUCUGUUCAUGCCAACUCUAGGAGGGGACAUGGCAGUUCCACCCAUCUUCUUGCUUCUAUUUAAUCCGGUGGUCAAAUGCGGGCAAGUAAUUGCUGGUAACUCAAGUGGAGACAGCUCGGCUGCGGAAGUUCAACGACUGAGGUAUUGGUUGAGAUUCAUCGCGACAAACUGCAAAGCGGAAAGAAAGCCUUGUGUGAUUCCAGUGUGCAAUCCCCACUUGACUCAGAAACAAAAGUUGUAUGAUUUUUACCUUCGGGCUGAUAAGGUGGUCCGCUGGAUAUCUGAGGAUUUUCACGAGACACUUGAUAUUGUGGAUGAGGUAAUCCUUAUCGAUGCGAGAAAGAAUGACGAUGCAAAAAAAGUCAAGAAGUUUGUGUUCAGCAAGGCCAAGGCGCUUCUUGAUAGUACCAAUGUAUUUCAAAUCAUGGAGACGGUGCAAACGUUGGUGGUGAAGUCCAGUGGAUCAAGAAUUCCGCUUAUGACUUGGGCACAUUUCGUUGGUGAGCUCAUCCCAACCGAAUUUCAUGCCAGUGGAGUCUUCAAUGGGAUCGCUGAUGAGGAUCUUUUAGAACGUGUGUUCUCAGAAGCUGUUUCGGGGAAAUGUGAGGUUGGUGUGCAGGAUGUAGUAAAUCUGAUGUUGAGAAUGGAGCUUGCCUUUAAGGUCUGUGACGAUCCCAAGAGCAGCCUGUUGAUACCAUCGUGCCUUCCUGAUCGUCCAGAUGGGGACAUGAUUAGUUGGAAAGUGGACAGGAAAAAUGGGCAUGAACAGGAACGUCAAGGCCAGUUUUUUGGAUAUCAGAUUGAAUGCAAAGACAAGAAGCAGACAAUGGUGACUGCAGGAUUCUUCCAUCGGCUGCAGGUGCGCUUCCAUGAGAAAUUCCACAACAAGGGCGUUUACAACUGCAAGAAGGACCUUUGUGAGAUAUUCUCGAAUGGCUACAAGAUCUAUGUGGAGUUUGGGGGAAUCCAUGACGAUUGGAUUGACGUUAUGGUAUCGUCGCCCGGAGUUUCUGUUGAAGAAUCCGCCGAAUGGGUUGAUAAGAACAUUUUGGGAGCCAUGUACCAACUUUGCAGCGAGCCGACUGGUCUCCCAGGAAACGUUCAAGAGUUGGGUGAUUUGGUGACGAGGGGUGUUCGCUAUCUUGCUGGAAAAGUUGACCGAAAUUUCCGGUUCAUCAGUGAGCUGAAAGAAGAAGUGAAGCAUCUGAGGAAGGAGCAGAGUAAUGCGUUUACAAGACUCUGCAAUGCCCUGUCUAGCAUUUCCGUUUUCGCCAUUGAGCAGCACAGUCAUCGCCUCCCUCAUCGUGUUUACAUCACGGAGAGGAAAUCUGGCUUUCGCCAGAAACUGAGUUUUCUGAUUGGCUUGAAGCCAGUGGAGCUGCAUCUCAUGUGCGAAUCCAAAGACCGCUGUCAUGUUGUAGAUGGCCAGGAGGGGAAGAGGUUGUGUUUGCAGAACGAGGAGAGGCGCCAUGUGUGGACUCUCUUCAAGUGGACAAUUCUUACUGUGGCUGUGCUGCUGAAAACCGGCUGUGCAAUUUCUAUGGGCAUCCAUCAGCUUGUGCCGGACUUGGGUGGCGUUGCCAACUGGACAAGCUUUGUGAUUGGAGCAGUGGGGAACGCUGGUCUGUAGUUUGUGGACAUGGACGACCUUAAGCAGAGAAUGAAUGCCAUUGGAAAGG